CCCUUUCAAGUGCCUCAGACCGCUCUGCUCAUUCUAUCAUUCUUUCAUUCUAGAAUCGUGUCACAAUGUCUGCUUUAUUAGAUUUCUUGAUGGGCGGCAGACGACCAAUUAUCCAGGAGUCUCGCAUGCGGUCCCCAGGCGAGGACGAGGAGCCGACCGCGACGUUGCAGCGACCAUCGCCAAAACACAUCUCGCGACUCCCUGCCCACCUCCAGCUCAACCCGCCACCGGCGCCGCGUAAAUUACCGACAGCCGGUGCUUUAGUAAGCGAACAGCCAGUUGUCAAUGCCGCGGCAGUGGCACUGGGCGCAUCAGUGAGCGAGGCCCCUGCCGGCCCUGACGUUGGGGGCACUGCAGUGCCGGGCGCUGGGACCCACAUGCCCAAUGCCGCGGCCGCGGUCUCUGAGGCCGCUGCGACUCCCGCCGCUCGCAAGCUUUCGGACUGCAAGUCGCGCGCCUGCUCGGGCGUGCUCAAAGCCUUCAAGCGGGCGCUGCACGAGGAGGGCCAGACGGCAGCCGCGGGGCCGCCCUCACCAGCCUCCUCCCUUGCAGCCUCCUCCCCAGCCCCCGCGCCACCUCCCGCGCCAGGCGCCUCGGCCCCGCAUCCCGCUGCCCCCGCCUCCGCCACCAUCGCCGCCGCCGUUGGUACAGCCAUGGGUGCCGCCGCCUGCGCUGCCGAAGGCGGCGCAGCCUCCGGCACCGCCGGAGGCGGCGCCGGCGCCUCCGGCGCGCCGCCGCUGCCUUGCCCGCCCGACACUUGGGAGCUGGGUCGUGCCACGUGGACCUUCCUGCACAGCGUGGCGGCCGGCUACCCGGAGUCGCCCAGCGAGCGGCAGCAGGGGCUGAUGCGCGGCAUGGUGGAGGGGCUGGCGGAGUUCUACCCCUGCGAGGUGUGCCGCGAGCACCUGAGGGAGCAGGUGGCCGCCCGCCCGCCCCAGGUGGGGAGCGCACGGGAGCUCAACAUGUGGCUGUGCGGCCUGCACAACGAGGUGAACGAGAUGCUGGGCAAGCCGCUGUUCGACUGCGCGCGUGUGGGCGAGCGCUGGCGGGAGGGGCCGGCCGACGGCUCCUGCGACUGAGCCGCUGGCUGGCGCGGCCGGCCGAGGACUGCUGUAGGGGAGGGGGCUGAAGGGCCGAGGGGGGGGGGGCGGCCUUUGGGGGCCUGCUGAGGCAAGGCGUGCAACUGUGCUGGUGUUUGUGGACGGCUGGGAGGUCGUGAGGGUGAGCGUGGGGUGGGGGAGCAGAGCAGUGGCUGAGGGGCCGGCGAGCAGACCUGCGGACUGCUGGGAGGGCGGCUGAGGGGGCGGGAGGCAGAGGGGGCAGGAGUUGCGCCACAGCGCUUGGGAUUCAGGGAACUGGGGCGACAGGCGGCGCAGGGUAAGGAGGUGGACGUCAGGGAUUUGGCGGUCGACUGGUCGAGUGACGGAAUGAGCCGGCUGUGAACGGGAACAAAAGGCACCCCGGGUUUGGGUGUGUGUUCCACACGCGGGGUUGCGGUAUUGCAUAUGCGGAUGGCGAGGCCCAGGAGAAGACAUACAUAUACAUGUGGGUGUGUGAAUGGGACAGUGUCAAGGCAGGUUGGUAAAGUCCCGUAGGGUGCAGCUGAUUCCCAGAACCCAGCAGAUGACAAACAAUUUGCAACGGCAGGGCAGGAGUACGCGGCCGGUCGAACGCCGGAGUUACUGUACCGACGAGUUGC